AUGGACGUCGAAGAGUCGCCUUGGGCCGAUUCAUCACAGGCUUCGCAGCAGGCGUCGCAGCCUGAAGCUUCGGCCUCCGCUUCGCAACCGUCUACCCCAGCUCCCUCCGCUUCCUCAUCCGCCCCUCGUCCGUCGAGAGGGCCCCGUCGCCUGGUCGCUCAACCCACACGUCUCGAAGCUGUCGAUGAUCCUCUCGGUCCCCUCGGCGCUGUCCCCGAAGACAAUGGCUCUGCCCAGGAUGCUCCUCCGGUGCCUCCGCAAAAGGAGCAGAUGGUGAUUCGUACCACCAUGCCUCAACCGCAGCAGCAACGACGACCUACGGAUCCUCACCAUGUUGACGACGAGGAGAACGAUGGACCCAAGGCGCCUCGCGCACCUCCACCAGUUGAAGCUGCGCAGCCCAGCUCUGUGAGGAGCAGCAAUCAGCCUAGCGUUAGCGUUGAACAAGCUGCCAAGCCAAGUUUCCAGAUUACCGUUGGCGAUCCUCACAAAGUUGGCGAUCUGACGAGCUCUCACAUUGUUUAUUCUGUUAGAACUAAGACCACUUCUAAGGGAUACAAGCAGCCCGAGUUUGAGGUCAAGCGACGAUACCGGGACUUCCUCUGGCUUUAUACCACUCUUCAUGGCAAUAACCCCGGAAUUGUCGUCCCACCUCCCCCGGACAAGCAGGCUGUUGGUCGAUUUGACAGCAACUUUGUUGAGAGCCGACGAGCUGCACUCGAGAAAAUGCUCAACAAGACCGCGAUACACCCUACGCUGCAGCACGACCCCGACUUGAAGCUUUUCUUGGAAAGUGAGACCUUUAAUGUAGAUAUCAAGCACAAGGAGAGAAGGGACCCCAUUCCCACCGAGAGCAAGGGCGUACUUGGAUCUUUGGGUAUCAAUGUUGGAGGCGGAAACAAGUUUGUCGAGCAGGACGACUGGUUCCAUGACCGAAAGGUCUACCUUGAUGCCCUCGAGAACCAGCUCAAGGGCCUUCUCAAGGCAAUGGAGACUAUGGUUGGCCAGCGAAAGAUGAUGGCCGAGGCAGCCGGCGACUUUUCGGCUUCCCUUCAUGCACUAUCUACUGUAGAGCUGUCGCCAUCACUAUCGGGCCCCCUCGAUGCCCUCUCCGAGCUUCAACUUACUAUCCGAGAUGUUUACGAUCGUCAGGCCCAGCAGGAUGUUUUGACAUUUGGAAUUAUUCUAGAAGAGUACAUCCGCCUCAUCGGCUCAGUCAAGAUGGCGUUCGGUCAACGUCAAAAGGCCUUUUAUUCAUGGCAUGCUGCCGAAUCAGAACUUCAGAAGAAGAAGGCUACUCAAGACAAGCUGUUGCGGCAAGGAAAGAGUCAGCAAGACCGACUCAACCAAAUGAGUGCCGAAGUAGGCGAGUCAGAGCGCAAGGUGCACCAAGCCAGACUUCUAUUCGAGGAUAUGGGCCGAUUGAUGAGGAAUGAGCUUGAUCGAUUCGAAAAGGAGAAGGUGGAGGAUUUCAAGAGUGGAGUCGAGACAUUCCUUGAGAGUGCAGUCGAGGCACAAAAGGAGCUUAUCGAGAAAUGGGAGACCUUCUUGAUGCAACUCGACGCUGAAGACGACGAGUCAGUGUUUUAUAGGCCUCCAGUAUACCAGCAGCAGCAACAAAAGGGAGGUGAUACUGCUGUCGACCGUGCUCGAGCAAGGAUAGACGAAGAUUCGGACUAG